AUGACCACCAACAUCAGCCCCUUGCAUCCAUAUUGGCCUCGGCACCUAAGGCUGGACAAUUUUGUGCCUAAUGACCGCCCUGCCUGGAAUAUCCUGGCUGGCCUUUUCUCUGUCUCUGGAGUUUUGGUUGUGACCACAUGGCUGUUGUCAGGUCGAGCUGCAGUUGUCCCACUGGGGACUUGGAGACGACUGUCCCUGUGCUGGUUUGCAGUGUGUGGGUUCAUUCACAUGGUGAUUGAGGGGUGGUUCACCCUCUACCAUGAAGACCUCCUUGGAGAUCAAGCCUUCUUAUCUCAACUCUGGAAAGAGUAUGCCAAAGGGGACAGCCGAUACAUUCUGAGUGAGAACUUCAUAAUAUGCAUGGAGACUAUCACAGCUUGGAUGUGGGGGCCACUCAGCCUAUGGGUUGUGAUUGCCUUUCUCCGCCGGCAACCCUUCCGCUUUGCCCUACAGCUUGUGGUCUCUGUGGGCCAAAUCUAUGGGGAUGUACUCUAUUUCCUGACAGAGCACCGUGACGGGUUCCAGCAUGGGGAGCUGGGUCACCCACUCUACUUCUGGUUUUACUUUGUCUUCAUGAAUGCCCUGUGGCUGGUGCUGCCUGGAGUCCUUGUGCUUGAUUCUGUGAAGAAUCUCAGUUAUGCCCAGAGCAUGCUGGAUGCCAAGACCUCAAAAGUCAAGACCAAGCAGAACUAA